UAAAGGAGAGGCUCACUCCCUCAGGAGCUGAUCUCUCUACCUUAGGUAUGCAUAUCUCUUUUCCUUCUUUGCAUUGUAAUUUUGGAAGCUCUCUACUUCAAACAAGUGAGCUUCCAAGAGGUCCUUCUUAAGUUCCUGUGUUCCUGAGUUCAAAGUGACUAAGGUUUCAAGCUUGCAGUCUGUCAGUGCAGUUCUAGGAACCUAAGUUGGUUCUUUGAAGCUUUAUAAAACAAGAUAGGCCCUUGCUUCUGGGUGUUCCAUGGGUCAUCUUUUACUAAAGUGGAGCAGCUUUGUCUACACAAAAAAUAUCUUGAGGCAGGUGGCUAGUUGUCUUUGGGAUACUAAUGGCCUUUCAACAGGUCUUAGUGCCCAAAUUCAUCCCUCACCUCUUGAAUUUCAAGAGCCUCGGUAGGCCCAGCCCUGGCUGCACUCAGCCUUUCUGUUGUAGAACAGUUUUCUAACUUCCUAAACUAACUUCGGGCCAAGUUCCCACCUUUGGUACUGACUGUCUUGUUACAUAUUGAGAAUGGAAAAACUUCUGAAGCUCAUUCUUCUCUGUUCUGGCUGAUUAUUACUGUUUACAUAGGUUAGCCCUUUUUACCCUCAGUCUGAUUCAUCCUUUGCCCUUCAGCAUUCUUCUCGAUUUUCAUUCCAUAUGCAAAUGUAAUAUUUUUCAUCACUCAGCUAUUUUUAUUGGCUCUACUUGUCUUUCCAUCAUUGUUAUUUGCCUCUUUUUGUUAGCACUUUAAACAUGUACUGUGUCUUUGCAUUAUGAGAAGUGAUGCGAUAAAUAAUAUUUGUAAAACACUUCAAAACAAAUUUUUAACACAGCAAACAAGUUUAUCCACAGACUAACCAACAUGAUUGUGCCCACCCAGGCAGAGUUUUCAGAGUCUGCCUCCAGGUCCCGUCUUUGUUUCCAUCUGUGCAGUUGUGAUUUGAAAGUGAAGGGGUGGAGUUGUCUCCAGAUUUGUUGUGUUCCCUGCUAGACUCAGGACCUAAGGUUAGUUAUUUACAUGUUUAGUUACUUAGAGUCAUAAGCUCUUAGAAAGCAGGAGCUUGUUUGAUUCUCUUUGGGGCCUGGCAUAGCUAGUUGUUGAAUGCAUUCACUGUUUUGUGUCUGGCUUCUCACACUCAAUGUUGUUGUUUGUGUGAGUCAUCCCUAUUAUUUUUAGUUGAAAUAUUUUUGUUGCAUAUAUUUCACAAUAGAAAAAUUUUUUAAUUAUACUGUAGAUGAAGAUUUACAGAACAAACUAGCUUCUCAUUAAACAGUUAGUACACAUAUUGUUUAAAGACAUUGGUUACUAACCCCACGACAUGUCAACACUCUCACUUCUUGACCUUGGGUUCCCUGUUGCCAGCUUUCCUGUUCCCUCCUGCCUUCUAGUCCUUGCCCCUGGGGUGGUGUGCUUGUUUAGUCUCAUUUUGUUUUAUGGGCCUGUCUAAUCUUUGGCUGAAGGGUGAACCUCAGGAGUGACUUCAUUACUGAGCUAAAAGUGUAUCCAGGGGCCAUACUCUAGAGGUUUCUCCAGUGUUGUCAGGCCAGUAAGUCUGGUAUUUUUUUGUGAGUUAGAAUUUCAUUCAACAUUUUUCUCCAGCUCUGUCCAGGACCCUCUAUUAUGAUCCCUGUCAGAGCAGUCAGUGGUGGUAGCUGGGUACCAUGUAGUUGUGCUGAACUCAGUAUGGUGGAGGAUGUGGUAGUUGUGGUCCAUUAGUCCUUUCUUGUAUCUUUAGUUUUCUUCAUUCUCCCUUGCUCCUGAAGGGAUGAGACAACUGGAGUAUCUUAGAUGGCUGCUCACAAGCUUUUGAGACCCCAGAUGCUACUCACCAAAGUAAAAUGUAGAAAAUUUUCUUUAUAAACUGUGUUAUACUGUUGAGCUAGAUGGUCCCCAAGACUGUAGUCCCCACAGACCUCAGCCCAGUAAUUCAGUCCCUCAGGGAGUUUGAAUGUGUCUAUGGAGUUUCCAUGACCUUGCCUCGUACAAGUUGUCGUGACUUCCCCAGUGUUGCAUACUGUCUUACCCUUGACCAAAGUUACCACUUAUCUAUUGCCUAUUUAGUGUUUUUCCAUCCCCACCCUUCCCCUCCCUCAUAACCAUCAGAUUGUUUCUUUUUGUGGUAAACCUUUUCAUGAGUUUUUAUAGUAGUGGUCUCAUACAAUAUUUGUCCUUUUGUAAUUGACUUAUCUCACUCAGCAUAAUGCCCUCCGGAUGCAUCCCUGUUAAUGAGAUGCUACACAGAUUCAUCGUUAUUCUUUAUCCCGUAAUACUCCAUUGUGUGUAUGUACCACAGUUUGUUUAUCCAUUCAUCUGUUGAUGGGCAUCUAGGUUGUUUCCAUCUUUUUGCUGUUGUGAACAAUGCUGCAGUGAAUGUGGGUGUGCAUAUGUCUAUUCCUGUGACAACUCUUAUUUCUCUAGGAUAUAUUCCUACGAGUGGUAUUAUAUGGUAUUUCUAUUUCUAGCUUUCUAAAGAAGCACUGUAUGGUUUACAAAGUGGUUGUACCAUUUUGCAUUCCCACCAGCAGUACAUAAGAGUUCCAGUCUCCCUGCAGCCUCUCCAACAUUUGUUACUUUAUGUUUUUUUUUUUAUUCGAGCCAGUAAUGCUGGGGUGAGAUGGUAUCUCACUGUGGUUUUGAUUUGCAUUUCUCUAAUGGCUAGUGAUCCCUAGCAUUUCCUCAUGUGUCUGUUAGCUGCUUGCAUGUCUUCUGUGGUGAAGUCUUUUCAUUUCAUUUGCCCAUUUUUUAAUUGGAUUAUUUGUCUUUUUGUUGUAGAGGUGUUGGAUUUUCUUUUAGGUUUUAGACAUUAGACCUUUGUCGAAUUUGUAAUAGCCAAAAAUUUUUCCCCAGUCUGUAGGUUCUCUUUUUACUCUUUUGCUGAAGUCUUUUGAUAAGCAUAGGUGUUUAAUUUUUAAAGAAGAUUUCAGUUAUCUAGCUUAUCUCCUAGAGUUUGUGUGUUGUUAGUUAUGGUUUAUAUCCUAUUAAUGAUGUGUAUUAGGGCCUCUAGAGUUGAUCCUAUUUUUUCCUUCUAUGAUAUUUAUAGUUUUUGCUUUCAUAUUUAGGUCUUUGAUUCAUUUUGAAUUAGUUUUUGUAUAUGGUGUGAGGUAUGGGUCCUGUUUCAUUUUUUGCAGAUGGACAUCCAGUUUUGCCAGCACUGUUUAUUAAAAAGACUGUCUUUUCCCCAUUUGAUGAACUUUGGGCCCUUGUGGAAGAUCAGGUAACUACAGGUGGAUGGAUUUAUAUCUAGAUUCUCAAUUCUGUUUUAUUAGUCAAUGUGUCUGUUGUUGUACCAGUACCAGGCUAUUUUGACUACUGUAGCUAUAUAGUAGGUUCUGAGGUCAGGUAGUGUGUGUCCUCCUACUUUAUUAUUCUUCUUUAGUCGUGCUUUACUUACCCAGGGCCCCUUCCCUUUCCGUAUAAAGUUAAAUACUAAUUUUUCCAUCUCUUUAAAGAAUGUUGUUGGUAUUAGGAUUGGGAUUGCAUUGCAUUUGUAAAUUAAUUUAGGUAGGAUUGUUAUUUUCACAAUGUUGAGUCUGCCUAUCUCUGAGCAUGGUAUGUUGUCUGUUUAUGUAGAUCUCUUUUGGUUUCUUGCAGUAGUGUUUUGUAGUUUUCUUUGUAUAGGUCUUUUACAUCCCUGGUUAGAUUUACUCCUAAGUAUUUUUUUUUUUUAGGAACUAUUAUAAAUGGUAUGGUUUUCCUACUAUCCUUUUCAUCGCUCUCUUUAUUGGUAUACAGGAAUCCAACUGAUUUUUGUAUGUUUAUCUUGUAUCCUGCUAUUCUGCUGAAUCUAUUAGUUCCAGUAGUUUUCUUGUGCAGUCCUUUGGAUUUUCUAUGUAUAGUAUCAUACCAUCCGCAAAUAGGGACAGUUUAACUUCUUCCUUACCAAUUUGGAUGCCCUUUAUUUCUUUUUCUUGCCUUAUUGCUCUAGCUAGGACUUCCAGCACAAUGUUAAAUAGGAGUGGUGAUAAAGAGAGUCCUUGUCUUGUUCCUAUUUUCAAGGGGAAUGUUUUCAACCUGUCUCCAUUAAGAAUGAUGUUCGCUGUUGGUUUUGUAUAGAUGCCCUACUUGGUUGUGGUGUAUUAUUUUUUUGAUACGAUACUGAAUUCUUUUGGCUAGAAUUUUGUUGAGAACAUUUGCAUCUAUAUUCACGAGAAAUAUUGGUCUGUAAUUUUCUUUUUUCGUAGUGUCUUUGCCUGGUUUUGGUAUCAAGGUUAUGCUGGAUUCAUAGAAUGAAUUCAACAGUAUCCCUCCCUUUUCUAACCACAAUAUAAAUUAAAAAAUUUUUUUUGAAUAGUUUGGAAACACCUAAGUGGUUGAAAGGAGUCACUGGGUGGAAUAAACAGUUAAGCACUCAACUACUGUCUAAAAGAUUUAUGAUUCAAACCCAUCCAGAGGACCUUUGGAAGACAGGCCUGACAAUCUGCUUCUAAAAGGUCACAGCCUUGAAAACCCUUUAGAGCAGUUCUACUCUGCACACAUAGGGUCACUUUGUGUUGGAGUUGACUCAAUGGCUAGUAACAACAAAUGGUUGACAGCAGGGCACUGGUUAAUUAAAUUAUACUACAGCGGCCAAAUGAACUCUUAUACAGCCAUUAGAAGUAUUUAUGAACAAUUUACAAUAAUUUGGGUAAAUGCUUAUUAUACAUUUUUGUUAGGUAAAAUGUCAGAAUAUAAAAUUAUAUAUUCAAUGUGAUCAUAAUAGUUUUAUUUUUUCAAAUAGGCAUACCAAAUGAAAAAAAAAAAAGACACCAGGAAGAAAAACACCAAACUCUUAAUCCUGCUUUUGACCUCAGGACACACACACACUCACAACGAUGGAUUUCAUUGAAUUUUCAUGCAAUGAGUAUAUCCCUCAUGCUCCUGACUUCUAAUAGCAUUCCAUAGUUUUGACUGAUUGCUUUCUUUAUAUAAAUGGAAUCAUACAGCAUGUACUCUUUUGUGUCUGGUUUCUCACACUCAGUGUUGUUGUUUGUGUGAAUCAUCCAUGUUCUGUUUGGUUUUAAAUUGUUUAUUCUUAUUUUUGGGGUGUGGCUUUUAAUCUUCCUCUUUCAUCUUUCUAUGUUUUCCAAAAUUUUCUAUAAUGGUUAUAUAGUUUAUAGUCAGAAAAAGAUAGCAUUCAUUUUUUUUAAAGAUGCAGAGGCAAGGUUAUUUGUUAAAAUGCUUUGGGUAGGUUCAUUUGGCCAAUUUGACUAGACCAUGGUGCAUGCUGAGGAGAAUUGGGAAAAUAAAUUGGGGCUCCAUUGAAACAGACGUGGUGCAGUGAAAUGUGAAUUCAGCGUCAAGAGAACCAGAUUCUGUUUUGUCAUUUAGUAGUCGUGGGACUGUGGACACAUCCUUUAAUCCCUUUGAUCCUCAGUUUGCUCAUCUGUUGGUCAACUGGGUGUGAUGAUGUCUUUCUUGUGAACUGGUCAUGAGAAUUAGCUUGCAGUAAUGAGUCUAUGAGACAGUCUGCCAGAUUGUGAGGUCCUUUACUUAAAAAUUAGAGUCAGGAAGGAUGGAAUCAAGGGAGGGAAUUCAUGUCCAAUGGCCAUAAUUUCUCUAAGAAGUGAAGGAUGAAGGUUUUCUGUUUGAGAGUGAAAGUAGAUGGCCUUGAAGUUGGUGUUUGAACAAGGCAGGGGAGCUUUGGGGCAUGUAGCCUCUUUAAGUGCUGGGUGAGCUAGGGAGUCCAGGGAGAAUGACCGGAGGGCACAGCAGUGUUGAGAGCCCAGCUGAGGUUGGAGCGUAAUGGUGAAUGUAGCAAGUGACUUUUUCCCCGCAAGAGCUAUUUAUCAUGUUUUAUUUGGGUUACUAUUAAACUGAUUUUUCCUGAUCGUACAAAAAAGAAAAGGGAAGGAGGAAGAAAGCCCAUCUGACAGAAUGGAAAUGCCACGGCUAAUCUACAAAGAGAGCAAACGCUGUGUUUAAGGAAGCUUCUGCUUUAGAAGGCAAGUGUUAUAGAAGUUCACAGUGAUUUGGAGCUCGGAAUAUCUCUUUUCAAAGGUAUUUUCACUAAAAGCCAGGGCUGAGAUUUUCGUUUUGCCCACAAGAGUCUAUGAAAGAAAGGGAAUUUUUACUAGUAUUGUUUUUUCUAGCUCUAUGAGACUUCUAAAAGCACUAACAGUUUUAACUAUUUUAGGUUCUUCAUCUAGAAUAGGGUUUGAUGGGCCAAUGUAGAGCCGUUUUGAUGGGUACUAAUAGUACUCAUUGCCAUCGAGUCAAUUCUGACUCAUAGCGACCUUAUAGGACAGAGUAGACCUGCCCUGUAGGGUUUCCUGGGAGCGGCUGAUGGAUUCGAACUGCCUACCUUUUGGUUAGCAGCCAGUCUCUUAACCACAAUGCCACCAGGGCUGUUAUUCAUGGAUGGGAGCUUUGUUUCUAUGGGAAUAAUACUUAGUGCCAUGAAAACUAUUGAGGUUGUGCUCAGAGCUUAUCUGCCUCUUUUAAAUAUGGUGAUGGGUGAACACUCAUCCUCAACUCAGUAUAGGCAGGUUAGCUAUUUGUGGAUAAAUGAUGUUGGUAGAUCGGUCAGUAUCUUUAGUCAUCAUUGAUUCAUUCAUACAGUAUCUAUUGAGUGCCUAUGAGCUGGAUAUGCAAAGACAAAAAAAAAAAUCUUAAGGUAUUUUGUAGAUAUUCAAACAAAUACUUUUAGGAGUAUGAUGAUGAAUAAAAUGGAGCUGUGGGUUCCUUGGGUGGGCUUGAAAGUGUAUGCUUCUGGAAAGAUAUUUCUAAUUCUACCUGAGGAAAUCAAGGAAAGCUUAAGAGGAAAAUUCACACUUCAGCUAAGGCUUGAAGAUGAAAAGACAUUUUCUGGGAGGACAUUCCAUACAAAUAGAACAAACAGGUUCAAGGGUGUAAGCAAGAAUGUGUCUGUCGGAAAACUACAAAUCAUCUUGAUAUCGCUAAAGUUAAGCGUGCGGGGUGGUGUGGGGGAGUGUCAGGAACUGAGGUUAGGAAUAAUUCCUUUUUCCUCCCUAGGGGAAAAGAUACCACAUUGUCCUAAAGUUUGUUUAGCCUUUUGGUGAUAGCAAGUUUGCUUAUAUUGUCGUUAGCUGCUCUUGAGUCAGCCUCUAACUUAUGGUGACCCCACGCACAGUGAGAUUGGACCAUUGUGUUCCAUAAGAUUUUCAUUGGCAAAUUUUUUGGGGGGGAGUAUAUUUCCAGGUCUUUCUUCCUAAUCUGUCUUAGUCUAGAAGCUAAGCCUCCUAGCAACAUGCAUGCAAACCUCCACUGACAGAUGGGUGGUGGCUACACAAGAGGUGAAUUGGCCAGAAUUCAAACCCAGAUCUCCCUCACAGAAGAAGAGAAUUCUACCACUGAACUACCGCUGCCGCCGAUGAGAAACAGUUUUGUUUUUUUUUCUGUCUUUGUCCUGAACUGAGGUUUCUACCUAUCAGAUUUUUCAUUAGGAAAUAUCUGGUUUGCUUUACAGUUAACUUGGGCUUAGAAUACCACUAAGCACUUUCAGUACAGUUUAUGAGGAAACCUUGUUUAUGUUCACAAACAUUUUUGGAAUGUAUGUUACAUCCAUUUAAGAAGCUUACGGUCUACUUAGCAAAGCAUAAACUGAAUUUGAAAAAGUGCUGUUGUGGAAGUAAAAGUAAGUACAAUAGGAAAGAAGAAGGACUAGGAUUUAUAACUGUAGAAGCAGGAAAAGCUAUUUAGAAGACAGUACGUUCUGAAGAAGGACUGAAGGACAAGAAAUACGACUGGUCGAAAGUGGUAUAAAAGUGAAGGAGAGGUGAAAGGGAAAGUUCAGAGGGGGCCACCACAGUUAAGGGACCAUGGCAGAGGCUGGCCCAAGGAAUGGGCAUCAGAGUUCCUUUGGGGUGGUAACAUAGUGCCUGGAGUUACUCAGUGUAAAGUGUACUGCAGGAGUAGAGAGAAAUGGGACUGAAAAUGUUGGGAAAGGUAUAGAGGGUCUUGUAUCCUUGCUGUACUGAGGAAUUUGAACUUUAUUCCAAGAAAAUUAUACAUAAGUCUUCUGGUCCCCUCUCCCCAACCCAGGUUGCCACUGUCUCCAGCCUCUCUCCCAUCUGCUGUGUUCAGAACAAGCCCAGGAUAAUACACCUAAUCCUGACACCGUGUGUCUGGGUUUUCCCGGUUUUGCACAGAUUAGUAAGAAGGUUGUGAUUUUGCUCUGGAAUCUUAGGCUGUUUUCCCAGUCAGCAGCUUAAUCUCUCAGUGUUGGUUUUCCUCACAUUAUACUUUUGCAAAAGACUGUUCAAUUUUUUCAGCCCCUUUUGUGUCUGUUAUCUAAUUUGAUUCCCAAGUCAUUGGAAAUAAUCAGUUCAGACAAUUUAUAGUUAGGGAGACCAGCUCAGAAAGCCUAAUUCCCUAAGAUCCUUCAGCAGUGAGCAUUCAAGAUGAUAUUAGAGUCAGCACUUUUAUGACCCUACUUGGUCCAAGGCUCCAUCCAUUGCAUCAUUACACCAUGGCCUGCCACUUGAGUGACUCUGACUUACUAUCUACAAAGGUAUGCCAGCUGUGUUGUUAUGGCGUCAGUGAAUGUCUGCAUGGAUUCAUCCCUGUUUGGUUGUGACUUUAGUAUUUUGAAAUGGCUAAGAUUAUGGGUCACAUCUGUGACUAUUACACAGAGACUAAUUGGCUUAUAUGGGAGCUUGCCUGUAACCAUCUUGUUAUUUAUUUUUCCUCUAUUUGAGAAACAGCCUAACUUCUUAGUAAGACUCUUUGAUUUCUCUCAUCAUUUUGUUUUUUUUCUGAAAAAAAUCACCCAGAUCAUUGGAGUUUUUAUUCUUGACCUCACAUGUUGAGCAAGAAAAUUUUUUUCCAUCUAUCAACAGCCUAACUAAGUGCGGACUAAUACAGUGAAUCAUUUAUAGGCAGUUUGACUUGACAACUAAGUGCACAACCUAAAAUCUUUGUAAGACAAAGUUGAGAAUGAUGCUUUAAAAAUAUAUUCUUUGUGCCAAAAGUUUAACAAAGCGGGCUUUUAAGAAUUGUGAUUGAGAACACCUAGGCUGUGAGGCACCUAUAGUAAGAACAAAAAAAUUCAUUUUUAAUAAUUAAGAAGCACUGACAUCAAAUAAGGAGGGGCCCUGGUAGCACAGUGGUUAAAGCUCUCGGCUGCUAACCUAAAGGUUGGUGGUUUGAACCCACUCACUGCUCCAUGGGAAAAAUAUGUGGCAGUCUGCUUCCGUGGAGAUCACAGCCUUGGAAACCCUAUUGGGCCAUUCUACCUUGUCCUAUAGGGUUGUUGUGAGUCCUAAUUGAGUCGACAGCAAUGGGUUUGGGUUUUUUGGUUUGACAUCAAAUACUAGCCUGUGGAAUUUCUAUAGAGACGUAGUAGUGUCAACACUGGGAGAGGCUUGGGAGGUUGUUGAACUGAAUUCUCUUUCAGAAGACCAGUUGCUGAAGAAUAGAAGGGAAAGGUUGCAUAAAAACCAAACCAACCCAGUUAGUGGUAAAGUGGGUGGCUAGAACUUGUGACCCUCUGCUAUUCAAAAUCUUUAGUGGUUCCCUGUUGUCGGUAGGAUCAGACUUAAACUCCUUCGCCUGGCCCCACUGUCUCUGAGAGUGUGUGAGAUAAAGGUGUUUCCCUGCAUCUGAUAACAAAGGCACAGAACAAAACAAAUAGACCUACUCGAUUUUUGGUGCUGAGUGAAUGCAAUUUGAUGGUAUAUUAUUAAUGAAAAUAAGUUUCAGGCCUGUUGUGGAAAUGAAGAUAGAGCCCUUCUAGCACCCUAAAAAACAAAUAGACUCUAGUUAAAUAUGCAGAGGCUUCUGUUGUAUAAAGCUGAUCUGAAACACUUUGUUCAAUCCUAAGGUCAAAUCAAGUUAUUUUUAAGCUCCCUGGGGUUUAAGUGGCUGGGACUAGACCUAGAUAUAACACCCCUCUACGUCUGUAAGUCAGACUGGCCAACAUCACCUGUUUUAACAAGAGCACCCUCAGUGGCAAUCUCAAAACCUCCAGGAAUCUAUAUUGAUUCUUACUUAAUAUUACUCACAGCAACCCUAUAGGACAGAGUAGGACUGUCUCAUAGAGUUUCCGAGGAGUACCUGGUAGAUUCGAACUGCCACCUUUUGGAUAUCAGCUGUAGCACUUAACCACUACUCCACCAGGGUUUCUUUUAGGGUUACUAUGAGUCAGAAUCAACUCAACAGCUGCGGGUUAAUGGCUAAUAAUCUUGAGCAUUUUCUCAUGUAUCUGUUAGCCACCUGAAUGUCUUCUUUGGUGAAGUACCUCUUCAUAUCCUUUGCCCUUUUAUGGAAACCCUGGUGGCAUAGUGGUUAAGAGCUAUGGCUGCUAAAAACCAAAAGAUCAGCAGUUCGAAUCCACCAGACAUUUCUUGGAAACUCUAUGGGGCAGUUCUAUUCUGUCCUGUGGCGUCGCUAUGAGUUGGAAUCGACUUGAUGUCAGUGGCUUUGGGUUUUACUUAAUAUUAUGUUAAUUAUAUAUGUUCUUCAUAUAAUUGUAUUAAUAAUAAUAUUAAUUUUAUGUAUUGCUUAUCUUGUUUCCAGUCCAGAGUGUCUUAGAUUUUAGACGGUGUGUGUGUGUGUGUGUGUGUGUGUGUGUGUGUGUGUGUGUGUGUGUGUGUAGGGGAAAGGGCACAAAAGCAACAAAAUGAAGGCCUUGCAAAAGCAGGCACAUAGAUAAAAUUAACAUCCAGGAGAAAGGCAGAACAAUAACCAGCCCAGAAGUAUUAUAUUUCAUGGUGUAGUCACAGUAUAAUCAAAAAGGUUAGAAUAACAUUGCACAUGGUUAUAGUGCCUUACAGUUUUCAGAUGAUUCUUCACAUCUUUUAAGUUGUUUGUCAAAGCAAACCUGUGGAAUGGUAGGCUAAACACCCAUUAUCACUUGUAUUCUCCAUGCAAAGUUAAGUCACAGAAAGAUUGUGCAUUGCCUAAUAUAACAGGUCUCCAGACUACUCUUCCACAGUCGUCCUACCUGUAUUUUAAAAGCAGAAAAGAAGCUUUAAUAUUGUGAACUGCCAAAGCCGGUUUGGCCAUGCCUGACUUCUGGGUGUCAUUUUGGGGAAGAGGACAUAGGUAGAUAAUGGUCUGCACCAAAGAAGCUUGAAGUAGGUGGGGGUCGCUGGCCCUCUCACAACCUCACUACCAGGUAAUACUGAAAGCAAGUUUCAGACUAAAGCAUAUUGCAAAUACAGAUAAUUUUUAGACAAACAUUCACUAGAACAUAGCACAAAAUGGUUGAUACAACUUGGUCUGUAAGCCCAGUGAAGGUGCAGGUCUCUGUUUUAGGUGCUCUGACAACACCCUUGAAGAAAAGUUUACUCAAAGCAGACAUAACAGCCUUGCAGAGCAAACACUCCUAGUUUUCUUGUUGCCAUCUGAGAUGCGGACUUCGGGCCUCGCUACAUCCUUACUCUGUUCAUUCGAGGGUGAAAGUGUCUCUAAAACAUUUUAGCAGGUCCUCUUAUCUUGAAUACUUUAAUUUCACCAAAAUGAUCCCGUUUCUAACAUUUAGCAUGCUAAUUAGCAGGCUGCUGAUUUCACUGAAGAGAAUUCAUCCAGUAGGCUAAUGAGCAAACUGUCCUCAAAGCAUUUACAGUAACCACCUCUCGAGUGUGGGCUUCGUGAGUAGAGCCACCAGAUUCCAUCCUCCAUGGUACACCCCUGAUACCAUCAGCAUUAUGGCUUAACCCAAAAAAAAACACAAAAUAUCACAGGCUGGGAAACCCUGGUGGCGUAGUGAUGAAGUGCUACGGCCGCUAACCAAAGGGUCGGCAGUUCGAAUCUGCCAGGCACUCCUUGGAAUCUCUGUGGGGCAGUUCUACUCUGUCCUAUAGGGUCGCCAUGAGUCGGAAUGGAUUCGAAGGCACUGGGUUUGGUUUUUUUUAUCACAGGCUGUUUAUGCCGAAAUUGCUCAAAAAGUAAAUUACCCGUGUUGAAACACAUCGUUUAGGCUGUUAAGAUACCUGGAAGUGUUACAUUGUUACUUGUGUAUUCUCUUUAAUGAAAUAGGGAAGUAUGCGUGUUGGUGCAUUCAUUUGAUUAUAGAACGGUCUGGGUGAAACGUGGAAAAUGUAUUUGUGAUGAAUUGUAUAUCCCAUGCUAGUGCAGCGUAUGCCGGGCAUGUGUGUAUUGUAUCUGCUUAGGUACCACAGUGGUUAAGAGCUACGGCUGCUAACCGAAAGAUUGGCAGUUCGAAUCCACCAGCUGCUCCUUGGAAACCCUAUGGGGCAAUUCUGUGUCCCAUAGGGUCACUAUGACUUGGAAUCGACUCGGUGGCAAGAGGUUUAGUGCCUAUUUGCAUAUGUAGCAACCUCAUAAAGCCCAAAGACAGAGUCAUUUUCAGGUAUGGUUUGCUGAUUCUAAAUAAAAAAUAGGAUUAAAUAUUUACAGAUUUCUAUUACUGAGAUAAUGCUAAGGUUUGGACACUCCUCUCUCUCCCAUAUAUACAUACACACCAUGCGUAUAAACACUUUAAACAAGCUAUAUGCAGCCUGGUGAGUACUAUGUGCGAAUAUUUACACAAUCAAGCACACUGUGGAUUCAGUUUGGUAGUUAAAGUACCUGAUUUUUAAGAAAGGCUGGAAUAUAUAAACUUAAUGGAUCCAUUGAUGGAGGCGGUUAUAUCUGUGUGUGUGUGUGUGUGUGUGUGUGUGUGUGUGUAUCUGUAUAUAUAUAUACACAUACAUGCAUCUAUUUAUGUGUGUGUAUGUGUGUAUAUAUAUAUAUAUGUAAAUAGAUGCAUGUAUGUAUAUAUGUAUUUAACUACCUCACAGUUACUAGGCAGACUUUCUAUUUCUAAAUUUUAAUUUAAGUUUAACCUAUAUGUAGUUUAUGUAGCUGUUGUCUAUAGCCCUCCUGAAAAAUGAAAGUAUAUUGAAUUUUCCAUUAUUCUCUACCUUGAAGGCUUCAAAUUAAUACACAACUUUCAUGAGUCCAGAUAGUUCUUUGAUAGACUUUAGUUACUCAGUUAUUUUUAGUUUACACCUUGUUUUGCCCCUCAGUUUUAACCAUAUUUAAGCUUUCUGGAAUUCUAUACCAAAAUGCAGGGGGAGCCUUAGGAGGUGUGCUUAAAAAAAAAAAGAAAAACUUGGUGUCAAGUCAGUUCUGAUUCAUGAUGCCCCAUGUGCUACAGACUAGAACUGCUCCCUGGGCUUUUCUUGGCUGUAAUCUUUAUGGAAGCUGACCCCCAGGCCUUUCUUCUCUAGUGCCACUGGGUGAGUCCGAGUCACCAACCUUUAGGUUAAUAGUAAAGUGCAAACCAUUUGUGCUAUUUAGGGACCUAGGAAAUGUGCCGCUGUUGUUGGGGUGCCCUCAAGUCGAUUCCAAAUCAUAGUGGCGCCGUAGGACAGAGUGCAAUUGCCCAUCAGGUUUCCUAGGCUGUAAUCUUUAUUGGAGCAGAUAGCCAGGUGUUUUCUCCCACAGAGCCACUGGUGGGUUCAAACCACUUACCUUUCGAUUAACAGCCAAGUGCUUAACCACUGUGUCACCAGGGAUUCCUUAGGAAAUGUGCUCAAAAAAAAAAAAAAGUGCCAAAUGUGGGAGGCACUCAUUAAAUACCUGUUAUAGAUUAUUCAUAUUCGAAUAUGAACAUGCAUGUUAACGAAAAACUUUAAACAGUGGCGUAAUGAGAUCAAAUCAGUGUAGACGGAUCAUUUUGUUGGCAUUGUUUGUGAGGCCCCUCUCUCCCUGCCUCCAAUCUUUGAGAUACUGGAAGCAGAAAAACCAGAUGGCGGUGUGCACAAUAAUAAAAGUGAGAGCAUGAGAACCUAAAUGAAGAGACUUUCUUACGGAACUAGAGAGGAGAGGAUGGUUUGGAGAAAGAAAGAAGUAAUAGUAUCUCAUGUUGUUUAACCACAGCAUAUUUGCGGGUAGAGAAAAGGGAGACAGGUCAUAUGCUCAGUUCUGGAUGGAGAUAAACUAGAAGCAGUUGAAAGUAAAGACUUGAAGCUCAGAGGGGAAAUUGGGCUGGAAAUACCAAUGCAGCCCAAUCCUUCUUUCAUUCAUUCAUUCCACAUGAUCAGUCUUGAGCGGGACUGGACACAUGUGGUGGUAAUCGAAGACCAAUUAGCAGAUAAGCUUGUCUUGAAAGCGGAUAGAAUGAGAGCCAAAGAGCAUAGAGCUUUAGCAGCGUGCCAAGCAGGAAGACAAGUCAGAGAGAAAAAAGUGAGAACAGUGCCCCCUGGAAACAAAGGAGAAGAGAACCUCAAGAACAAAGAGACGGCCAGCAAGCAGUAUUGAGGCUGGACUGAAGUAGGAUAAGGACUUGAUUUUUGGUAAUGAGCAAAUCAUCAAUGAUCUUCUCAAGAACAAUGAGGUAGACAUUGAGUGGAGGAGUGAAUGGAUUUUGAGCAAUUGGAAACUGCUUUUUAAUAAUAAUUGAAAAUUUUUAAUAAUAAUAUCUAAUAUAUGAUGUGCCAGGUACUAAGUACUUUAUGUGUGUUAACUCAUUUAAUUCUCACAACCUCAUAAAGUUUGUACUUUUUCAUCCCCCAUUUUAUAUACGUAUAAACUGAGGCACAGAGAAUAAUUUCUUCAAACUCGUUUGACCCUGUAGGGAUGGGGCAAAGCUAGGAUUCUAACCCAAAGGCAGUUCCACCAUAUUGGUAACUAUCAUCCUAAAUCUUCACUGUAAUGGAGAGAGAUUGUUAGAAGGGGAUGCAAGUUGGAAGAUGUGAGUGAGGCAUGAGACUGUUUGAGUGCAGUUGUUCAUCUAUUAAUUUCUCUAUUAUGAGUUCACUUACGUAUGUUACAUAUGAAGUAGAUAGCAUAUUGGGUAAAAUGUGGUGCUCAAGGUUCUUUUAAUUCAUAUUUAACUCUUAUAAAUAUGAAAGUAAUUGUUCAUUUGGGAUGACUUUAUAAUAUUCUUCUUAAAGAAUUUCUACCCAGAGCAUGGAACUAUAUUUCAUUAAGUGUUAUGUACUUGAUUCAUUCUUCAUUUAGUUGCACUAAAACUGUGAAAAAAAACUGUGAAGCUGGUUUUAAAAUGAAAUUAUUUUAGGGUUGAAUUUGUCGAUAAAAUGACACAUCUGUAAAAGACAAAGUUGUGAAUAUAGUCUUUAUGAUUGUAUUCAUCUUUUUCUGAUAGAAAUUACCUGUCAUUUUCCUUUACAGUGACUCAAAUUGAAUCUAAUUCAUAUGGCAUAUAAAAGCACCAGUUGCCAUUGAGUCGAUGCUGCCUCAUAGUGACCACAUGUGUGUUAGAGUAGAACUGUGCUCCACAGGGUUUUCAAUGGCUGAUUUUUCAGAUGUAGUUGCUAGGCCUUUCUUCCGAGGUGCCUCAGGGUGGACUCGAACUUCCAACCUUUUUUUUUAGCAGUACCACUCAGGGACUCCAUCCGGCAUAUAGAAUCAGUUUUAUGUAAUAACUAAUGCUGAAUUUUUAAUAUGUGAUGAACAUUACAUAUACCUUCUUAUUUAAUUAACACCUUAAACCCAUUGCCAUCAAGUGGAUUCUGACUCACAGCAACCCUAUAAGACAGAGUGGAACUGCCCCAUGUGGUUUCUAAGGCUGUAAUCUUUAUGCAAGCAUUUUGCCUCAUCAUUCUCCUUUGGAGCAGCUGGUGGGUUUGAGCCACAGAGCUCCUGGUUAGCAGCCAAGCACUUAACCACUCGCCACCAGGGCUCCUGGUAAUUAACACUUUAGGAGAUAAGUAUUAUAUCUCGUUUUACCAAGACUCAGGAGAUGUAAUGAACUUGCUUUUGAUCUUUGGUAGAAAUCUUGGCAUUCCAUGGGGAGACCCAGGUUCAGUUUGCAGCCAGGGCAGCUCAUGCAUUGUCACCACUCAUCUGUCAGGGGAGACUUGGGUGUUGCCAUUAUGCUGAGCAAGUUUUAGUGGGGUUUCCAGACUAAGAUGGAGCCCUGGUGGUGUAGCGGUUAAGAGAGCUCAGCUGCUAGCCAAAAGGUAGGAAGUUUGAAUCUAUCAGCCGAUCCUUAGAAACCCUAUGAGGCAGUUCUACUCUGUCCUGCAGGGUUGCUAUGGGUCAGAAUCAACUUGGUGACAGUGGGUUUGGUUUUUGGGUUUUUCCAGACUAAGAUGAACUAGGAAGCAAGGCCUGGCAAUCUGCUUCCUGAAAUCAGCCAGUGAAAACCUUAUGGAUCACAGUGAACCGAUCAUGGAGAUUGUGCAGGACAAAGCAGCGCUUCAUUCCUUUGUUCCUGGGGUUGCCAUGAGUUGGGCUGAUGCAACGGCGGCUAACAACAAAAACAAAGUGGCUGAACAGGGUUUAUAUCUAUGGCUCUGCCUCCAAACCUUGGGUUCUUAACUAGGGAACUGCGCUUCUGUCAUACAGUCAGUGGCUCUGAUUAGCUUAUUAAAAAGGGGCAUGGCUGUUCAUGAUUUAGAGAAGAAUUAAUUUGUAAACUAAUUUUUUUCUUAGAAUAAGUAUCUUUCAAUUUGGUUAAUAAACAGUCAUUGUGUUCUUAUGUGUUCCUUGUACUGUGUUGGGUAGCAGGGUCACAGAGAUAAUCUCUGUCCUUGAAGACUUUUUACAAAUCUAGUAGGGAUAAGCCAGAUGAACACGUGCAGGGGCUCAUUCAUCGUGGUAGAAGCAUGGAGCAGGUGGAAUCAGGACACGGGGAAGGCACUGGCCAGUUUUUAUUGUUGGCGAAGGGCAUUGACAAAGAUCUCUUGAAAACAUGAUCCUUAAACUGAGGUUCACGGAGACAAAAUUCAGAAUGGUGGUUUAAGACAUUCGGGUAUGAGAAGCUGGAUUUCAUCCUGAGGUGUACUUCUUUUCUUUCUGUUUUCAUCAAAUUGUCUUAAGACCCUUUCCAGCAGUCUUAGGCAAAUGCACCAUGUGUUGAAGAUACUUAACCCACAGAUAAGAACUUGUUGUUGUGGCUUGUUUUUGUCUAGGUUGGCCAUUAUGCCAUAAUGUAAUUGUAUGCAGCUUUCUCUCUAGAGAAGGAAAACCAAAGACCUGCCUCACGUAGUCUAUUUUAAGAAACACAUACACACCUCUACCCCAAGAUGUAGUCACUAUUUUGUUGUUUUAAAAGAUAAAUGUAGUAUAGUAUCGUGCUUUCUGUAUGGGGUGGGAAAGAUUUUCUUCCAUAAUUUCUGUGCCUUCAGUAAAAGCGUCUUACAAGAAAUGAAAUUAUUGCCUAAAUGAGGAGAACAGGGAAAUCAGCAAAGCACGAGUUCUAGAAACCUUUCCUGUCCCUUCUGAGUCACUUCCCCUCCACGCCAUGAGUGUUCUCUCUCCAUCAAGUGGUUAUAUGGUAUAGCUGAAUUCAUUAUUUUUAUUUAAUACAGGUUUUCUUUUACCUGUUUUUUCAACAAGAAAAUUAUACCCUUCAUUUUUAUUCAAAUCUCAUAAAAUGAACCUGUUUUAUCACACUGGCUGUUGGUUUUAUUUGGGGGUAUGUUAGUCUAAAUGAUAGUAAGAAUUAGGAAUUGAGUGGAUAGUUGAUGUGUAGCCUGUGCUGGAUCCUUUAUGCACAUUUUUGUUCAAUUGUCACAACUCUGCAAGGCAAAAGUACUCAUAUUACAAGUGAGAAAACAGGUUUGGAGAAAUUUUAAAACGAUAGAAACUUAACUGAGCACCUAGUGGGAGAAGCUGGUCUGAGUGAAUGGGCCUACAAAUGGAGAGAAAGCAGACAUGAGGAAGAGUGUACUGUGGCUAAUUAGAAAGAGUAUAUAAACGGCAUGGUACCCACGCAGCUCCAGCUGAUUAUUGUCCUUAGGAAAUGUUGGCAAAUCUUUAGACUUUUUAAGAAAAGCCAUAUUUCUGUAUUUUUUAUGUGAAAUUUCAAAAAACACUAUGUUGGCCAAACAAAACACUUAACGGAAGCUGUAUGUGUGGUUUCCAACUGUAUCAGUGUUUUCCUGUUAGCUGGUGGGAGUGGGGUGGGAGUAGCACUGAGUUCUGAGGCAGUAGCCUCAGCCAGCUACUGACCAAAUUGAGCCAAGCAAGGCAGGAGCAGUAGUCAUAUGUGCUCUGAUUUGAUUUUUACGUCACAGGGAAUUUAGAUAUCGGAAGGACUCGUGAGAUAUUCUCAUUGCAAAAAUAAUUUAAAUUCAUUCUAAUUAAAAAAAAAAUUAUGGAAUGAGAUAUUUUGAUGCAGUGAAUAUUUUAGAUAACUUGAAUUCUUUAAAAAGCUUUAAGAAUAAGAAAAUCAAACUAUCUGCUUUAAAAGAGUAUAUUGAACAUAGUGUUUUGGGGGAGAUUGAGGGACACUGUUAGCAUGUUAUCCUGUAAGUAUAGAUGUUGUAUGAUAGAAAAUAGGUGAUAGAUGGGUGCUUUUAUAGGCAGUAUCUGAGCAGGGACUGAGGUAGUUGCUUUAUUCAAAGAGAAAAGAAAUGUUAGGGUGAUAUCUGUCCUGGUUUACUGGGUCAGUCCUGAUUAACUCCUGUUCCGGCCUAAUAAUAGGACCUUUCGUCCUUGAUGAUAAAUUAUAUGGUCACCCCAUAUGAUACUAAUAUAUUUUUUAGUUGCUGAUCCCUUUCUCCUAGAGGUGGGAUAAGGCAGAUAUACUGAGUGAAUUUUCUGCUCUUCUGUAAAAUUAAUCAUUGAAGCAAAGGCUAAAGCCAUUUUCAUCUCAGAGUGACCCUCCCAGCCAGGUCCCUGAAGGAUCUUUGCUGUUGCUGUCAGGGUUUCACUUGUCAGCACCAUUUAAAACAUGAUUAUUUCUAUCAUAGUUUUCAAAGCCAUCCUCCUUGUUAACUGUAACCUUUUAAUGUCUGUAUCAAUUUGUGGCACAUGAAGGAGUCAUAGCAACCCCCAUUUCAAGGAUCUAUACUGAAAACCUUCAUAAUCAUCCUUAAAGGAUACCUAGGUAAAGGUAACAUUGAUUUUUUCCUUUUCUUUUUUUUAAAGUGCAUAUCCAGGCACACAUCUUCUAUUGUGUGAAAUUAGUAGUAUUGGGGUGGUACUUUUCUGAUGUAUCAGUUUUUUACAUACAUCAUCUUCUGUAAUGUUUUAUAUGCUGAAUGAUAGUGUCACACAUUUUUAUCACCUUGGAAUAAAGAGAUAGAAGGCAUGUUAAGUUCAUGAAUGAAGAAGUUUCAAGGUGUAGGUAAAAUUAAAGGACAUGUUAAGAUUUCAGAAUGAUUUUAAUAACAAAACAGUGGCUGAACUAAAACAAGACUAAAUUUAGUAGGUUGAAAUGUGAAUUUCUGCAUUUAGAUAAAAAAAAAUAGUUAUAGAAGUACAGGAAUGAGGAAACUUACCUCAUAAUACCCAUACCCAUUGUUGUCCGGCUGAUUCUGACUCAUAGUGACCCUAUAGGACAGAGUAGAACUGCACCAUAGGGUUUCCAAGGAGUGACUUGUGGAUUCGAACUGCCGACCUUUUGAUUAGCAGUCAAGUUCUUAACUGUCGCACCACCAAGGCUCUGUCUCACCAUAGCUUAUAUGAAAAAGACCUACUGGUUUUAACUGAACACAAUUUCACUAUAAACCAAGAGGAAAUAAUGGCUGUUUAAAAAGCUAAUGCAAACUUUUCUGGUGAUAUGUCAGACUGUAUACUCUGAACUACUCUUCUACCAAAAAUGCUUAAUCAGUUAUAUAAAAUAUAUCUUUAAGUAGCAAGAGAACUUAGAAAGAAAAAGACCAAACAGUUGGCUUGAAAGUCAGAGUGAGAACCUGGAGUGGUAAGCAGAACACCCAAUUUGAGCUUUGAUUUUCCUGGUCUCCUGGAGCUCUGGAGACAGGACACAAAGCCCAGAGCCUGCUUUGGCAUAAAGUUUAAUAGUUGUCUCCACAUAAAGCUAGAACCCCAAAAUGUUGUCUUUAUAGUGUAGAGUUGAAUUGGAAACACAAUUUUUGCCUUUUUUUUUUCUUCCCCGUCUCCAACUCUAAGGAUAAUUGCCUGUCUAGUAUUUCAUGACCAAUAACUAGCAUUCAUGCAUGUUUGCAGUCCUAAUUCAGACCUACCUGAGUGGUCCAAAGAAAAUCAAGACAAAUACAGUUAAGUCCUUCAGGGUACGAACAUCCACUUAUGGACAACUCAUACUUGCCCUUUAAUGUUUUGUAAAUUUGGCCUCACUUUGAAACGAUUGAACCAACCGUUCAACAAAUUCCUCAUCACAAUCACCUCCACUUGGUGCACAUGCAACUUUUAAAUCAUUGAAAAAGCUUUGAGCCUUUUCUUGCACUAAAAAAAAAAAAUCAUUGCCAUUGAGUAGAUUCAGACUCAUAGUGACCCUAUAGGACAGAGUAGAACAGCCCCGUAGGAUUUCCAGGGAGCAGCUGGUAGAUUUGAACUGCCAACCUUUUGGUUAGCAGGUUGAGCUCUUAACCACUGUGUCAUCAAGGCUCCUUCUUGCACUAAAGUAAGGCUAAAGAAGAACGGUAUGCACUUGUUCUGAUUUACUUACAAAUUCAGCUUAAGACACACAUAGGAACGGAUCUUUCAUAACCCAGGGACUGCCUUAUACAAUUGUAAAGUGGUUCCAGCAUAGUAGCAGAAGCAGGUGCAAAUUCUUUCUGGAAGAAUCUGUCUUCAACUCCGGCCUCAAAGAGUUCACAGAGUUUCAGGAAAUUUGAACUCAAAUAACCAAAAGUCACAAAAGACAAGUAAAUAAGACAUCAUGAAUAGAACCAACUAAAACAGUAGGUACAGAAUUAGACCUGUAGUUAUCUCACUCAUUAUAGUUGUGAGACGGAGAAUGUGAGUAGAUGGUAAGCAAAUAUAAAAAUGACUGAGGCAGUCUGAAAAAAACUAAAUAGAGCUAGGAAAGAUUAGAAAUCUAAUUGGAAUUACAAAAUCAGUGAACAGGUAUAGUGGCAAAUUAGACAUAGCCAAAGAGAAAAUUAAUUGACUGGGAGACAGUUCUAACUUUUUGACUAUGGCCCACAGUAAGAAAUUCAUUUUUAUUGGCAUGCGUGUAUACAUGUGAUAAGACAUAUGUGAUACAUGUGUAUAAUUUAAGUAAAAGUUUCCAGAAACUAACCUUAUUCUACUAAGAGUAAUUAUCUCUGGUAUUUUUCUUUUCUAAUUUAUUCUUUUCCAUUAAAAAAAAAAAUUACUCAACCCAGUAAACUUUAUGAACCACAGCUAUAAGAAAACUGGUGUUAAAGUUGAAAAUGAGAAUACCCUGUAACCGAGCACAUGUACACCAGUGUUCGUAGCACUUUGUAUGCAAAAAAAAAAAGAGGUGAGGGGAAGGGAAACAUGGAUUGUAGAAAACAUAAAUAAGAUGUGGUUUCUACAAACAGUAGAUUACUGUACGACUGGAAUGAUACUGAAAAUGAUGAACAACCAGUUGAGCAUGGGGACCAACCACAGUAAUUGCUACCCGUAAACACCAGCCACAGCCUGCACCUUUGCAUGUCUUACAACUUUGAAAAUGAAAUGAACCACUGGUCCAUGCUUCAGUGGGAAUGAAUUAGGAACUUAAUACUGAGCAGAAAAAGCAAGUUGCAAAAGAUUACAUAUAGCAAGACUCCACUUAUAUGAAAUUCAGAAAUUUGGGGAAAACUAAACAGCAUAUUGUUUUAGCAGUACAAUGUGUCUGUGUGUGUAUCGCAAGGGUGCACACAAUUUAGAGUGAGGGGAAUGAAGAGCUGUGUGAGGAAGGAUCAGAAAAGGAGCUUCAGCGAUAAUAGUAAUUUACUUUUUCUAUCAGUUUUUCCUAAAAUUGGUUGUUGGUACACAAAUGUUUGUUUCAUUGUAAUUCUUUACGUUUUAUUCAUUUUAUGGGUGUUCUUUUAUAUUUAGCCAACAUUUAGUAAAAAUUAUACAAUUUAACAAAAAAGGCCAAGGUAGACUCCACAUAGGUAAUCUUUUGUACUUACCAGACCAUUUUUGGAAAGUCCUUUGUACUGCUGGGUGCAAAAUUUUACGGACAUUAAUAAACUGGAAUGUGUUCAGAGCAGAUGCAAACCACCAACCUGGUCUUAAGCCUGUCAUUUUUCAGAUGCAGAUCAUGUGGAUUUAAGUCUUGAAGAAGCUUUGACUUUCCAGGUCUAUGGGCUAGUGGAAGUGGGACGUGAGCUCAAACCCACUAACGCCCAGGGUAACACACUUUAGCCACAUCAUGCAGACAUGAGUUCUACAAAGUUUCCAUGUAUGGUAGUUCGCUGAUGUUAGGAUGCUGAGCAGGUAUCAGUGGAGCUUUCAGGCUAAGAUGGACUAGGAAUAAAGGCCUGGGUAUCUACUUCCAAAAAUCAGCCAGUGAAAACCCUGUGGAUCACAGCAGUCUGAUCCACAACAGGUCAUGCGAGUAGUGCAGGACCCUGUAGCAUUUUGUUCUGUGUUGUGCUUGGGGUCACCCACUAGACAACAGCUAACAACAACAUGGUAGUUUGCUGAAAUGUGUUUUGUUUUGGUCAGUGCAGUAACGAUAGACCCUGUGGCACGUCAUUGUAAUAUACCAAAUAACAACCCAGAACUGGAUUUUUCAUUGCUGGAUGGUGGGUCCAGACAAGCCCUCUGCUUGAGGGGACACACACUUGGAUAAUUUAGUUUGGUGCCUUUUGGAGGAAAGCGACUCAGUACUGUGGUUGCUCUGUCUUUGGCUGCACAGGGAGUCACUUUGGGUAAUCUGGGUAAUGAUUACUUGAGGUCAAGGAGUAAAUUAGCAAUUAUUGACACCACCUGCAUUGUGCCAAGUGUUGCUAAGCAUUUAUCACGUAAAAGAUUCCAUUCUGUUAGGAAGGAAGUGGUCUUAGCCCCGUCUUACAGAUGUGGAAUUUAGGGAGGGAUAGCUGAAAUCAUUAUUUGGAUGAAGUCACUAUAAGGGCAGGCCUUUCUUGGGGGAGGACAGGGCUUUCACUGGUACAGUGGGUGGGGCUAUAGAGUACUGGCUAGAGGCAAUGUUGCAAGGUAGUUGGGACCACAGACUGCAGCUAGACAGAGUUGGGUUUAUAUGCAGACUGCCAUUUGCCAGCUGAGUGACCUGGGACAUGAGUUAUUUAACAGAAAAUGAGGAAAGUCCCUAUUCGGGGGGAUUUUUAUAAGAGUCAAGUGAAUUAUGAUGCAUAAAGUGCUUAGAACAGUGACUUGGCACGUAGCAAAUGCUAAGGGAAUUUUUUUUUUUUUUAACUCUGCCUUGUACCAAUUGAUUCUCAUGGUCUUCUAACAUUGUAGCAGAGCCUACCCUCAAUCAUAAAGGAGUGAGAUUAUUGUAUCCAGUCUGGUUUCCCCAGCAUCCCGGAGCUGACUACACAGACUGCUGUGUCUGUGUAUCCGUAGCCAGUGACAUGACCUGACACUCUGAUGACCAGUCUAAGGGCUUUUAGGUGACUGGCUGGUGCACCAUGGAACUUAAAGUAUGGGUGGAUGGAGUUCAGAGGAUUGUGUGUGGGGUCACUGAAGUCACAACUUGCCAGGAGGUUGUAAUCGCCUUAGCUCAAGCCAUAGGCCGAACUGGAAGGUAUACUCUUAUAGAAAAAUGGAGAGAUACUGAAAGACACUUAGCACCUCAUGAAAAUCCUAUCAUAUCCUUAAACAAAUGGGGGCAGUAUGCCAGUGAUGUACAGCUAAUUUUACGUCGAACAGGGCCAUCUCUCAGUGAGCGACCCACUUCAGAUAGUGUGGCCCGAAUUCCUGAAAGAACUUUAUACAGGCAGAGUUUGCCUCCCUUAGCUAAACUGAGGCCUCAGAAUGACAAAUCAAUCAAAAGGAGAGAGCCCAAAAGGAAAUCAUUAACAUUUACAGGAGGUGCCAAAGGGUUAAUGGACAUUUUUGGGAAAAGUAAAGAAACUGAAUUCAAGCAGAAGGUGCUGAAUAACUGCAAAACAACAGCAGAUGAGUUAAAGAAGCUGAUCCGUUUACAGACAGAGAAGCUUCAAUCCAUUGAAAAACAGCUGGAAUCAAAUGAAGUAGAAAUACGAUUUUGGGAGCAAAAAUAUAAUUCUAGCCUUGAAGAGGAAAUUGUCCGCCUAGAACAGAAGAUCAAAAGAAAUGAUGUAGAAAUUGAGGAGGAAGAAUUUUGGGAAAAUGAAUUACAGAUUGAACAGGAAAAUGAAAAACAGCUUAAGGAUCAACUUCAAGAAAUAAGACAGAAGAUAACAGAAUGUGAGAGCAAAUUAAAGGACUAUUUGGCUCAGAUCCAGACAAUGGAAAAUGGUCUUGAAGCAGAAAAAUUGCAGUGGGAGGUUCAGGAGGCACAAGUGAAUGAAGAAGAGGUUAAAGGGAAGAUUGGUAAGGUCAAAGGGGAAAUUGACAUUCAGGGCCAGCAGAGCCUGAGACUGGAAAAUGGGAUUAAAGCUGUGGAAAGAUCUCUUGGACAAGCCACCAAACGAUUACAGGACAAAGAACAAGAACUGGAGCAGCUGACUAAAGAGCUGCGGCAAGUCAACCUUCAGCAGUUUAUCCAGCAGACAGGGACAAAAGUUACCGUUUUGCCAGCCGAGCCCAUUGAAGUAGAGGCCUCCCAUGCAGACAUAGAAAGGGAGGCACCAUUCCAGUCUGGGUCCCUGAAGCGACCUGGCUCAUCUCGGCAGCUCCCCAGUAAUCUUCGUAUUCUACAGAAUCCUAUUUCAUCUGGUUUCAAUCCUGAAGGCAUAUAUGUAUAACAUCAUGUGUCUUUGGGAGAGAGACCCAAUAAAGGUACCAAGGACAAUAAAAAUUUCUUCUUUGAUUUGUGCCAAUGAUGAACAGAGGAGAUAUUUCACAAGCCACUGUAUCUUUUUUCUGUCGUAAAUUGCAUACCACUUGGAGCCAUACCCUGUGCACUGAUGCUAAAGAACAAAGAAACUGUGUUUUCACACUUCAACAGUGUUGACGUUAUGUCCAGCAGCUGUAAUGCAAGGCCUUCAUCUUUAUUGGUAGCAUUUUGAGAGCAUGAGAAGUAUUAUUCUAUGUGUAUACAUAAAUAAAAGUGACUUACAAAUGAAGAGAAGUAUGUGACUGGCUUAGUGUAACUUAUUCCAUGUAAUCAGUGGGUGUGUGAAUGUUGAUAUUUUAAUAUUUUUUAAUACUUAUCCUGUGGCUUAAUUAUGUUACAUAUUGUGUGACUAUGACUUUGUGUGCAUGUUGCCAAACUCCCUCCAUAUGUUGCUGAUUUACAACUACACAUGUGUCAUAGGGUGUUCCACCAUUGAAAUAACUCCAGAAGAACCCACUUGCACUUAUUUUGUGAGCUUAUCCUAGCUGUUGCUUAAUUAGUGAAAUAAUUCAAGGGUUGUUUUUUGUUUUGUCUUUUGUAAUUUUGGAAUUUAAUCUUCCUUUGCAAUAUUUCUAAAACAUGAAUGACCAUAUACCAGAACAGGAAUAUUUUCACAAGGUCAGUUGUAUGUUUACAAGGUUUUCGGUGUUGCAAACACUGUUGACAAAAAUGUGAUUGUUAAGUAUCUAUUGAAACAGGCAUGGGGUUUCCUGUAGGAUUAUGUGUUUUGUAUCUGCCCUGCCUUGUCAUUUUACCCUCAUGGAUCUUCUGAGUAUAGAUCUGAGAACCAGAUUGGUCUACUUCAGGAAUGUUCUUCAAGUGAUAUUUUUUAAAUAACCCACCUCGUAUGUCUGGUCUUUUGGCAUAACCACAUGGGUAAAUUGUUGUUGCGCAUUAUUUACCCUGUAUUUAUUGACCAUUGUGAUCUCUCCAGUCCCUUGGGCAGAGAGAAAGUAGAUUGGAGACAGAUAUUUUUACCAAGGAUAUAAAGUUAACUUCAAUACUUGUUUUAGUUUUUAAGCUUGACUUUUAUACGACAUUAAUCUCUAUUCGUACAUACAUAUUUUUUAAUUCAUAAAACCAAAACAUGAGUCAACACCCUUUCCAUGAACAGUGACUUAACUAAGAUUCACAAGUAACAUCUAGACUAGUAUGGUCUGAUACCUCUUAGUUAUUUUUACAUUCCCUCUGAUCGAAAUUUGGUACAAUAUACAUAAGACUUCAAUCUGAAAUUUAAAGUAGUUUUUAACUCUGAGGAAAAUAUAUUAUCUGUAUUAUUUACAUGGAACAAAGUAAAAGUGGAUUAAUAUAUUAAUGUCAUGGUAACAGUAAAAGGAAGUAAGUUGUGUCUUAUGCAUGAAGACAACUUUGGAUGUUUUAACACAUUUGACUUAUCAUUGGUUUAAUGAAUGCUGAGAAUGCUGCUAUAUUUAGGUUUCCUAUGAAAAAAUUUUAAGAAUGGCUAUGAAAAUAUAUAGAAGCUUAUAGAGUACUGAAAGUAAUAAUGCAGAGUUGCCUCUUCUGAUCCAGCUAAAUGGCAGACCUCAACUAAAGUUUUUUUUUUUUUUUUGAGGGGGGAGUUCUUGGAGUUACCGAGCUGACUUGCCAUUACACUGUUUUGCAGAUAACUUGAGAAAUAAAUGAUUCUUACCUAAAUAACCACAACCUGUACACAUUUGCUCUCAAUUUAUAAUGGCAUGUAUUUAAAAAUUAGGAUAAUUAAAAAUGAAAAUAAUUUGUAGCUUUUGUGACAAUAAUGACUUACUUUUAAAAACCCCAUCCUAUAGUAAGAAUCAUUUUGUUGUUCAGAAAAAUUGAGACCUUAUUCACAAAGAAAAGCAUUUUUUAUAAAUUUUUUUAUAAAUCGAUCCCAUUCUAUUUAAGUAAAAAUGUUAAACUGAAGAUGUAUUAAAUAUUUGCAAUUGUAAAUUGCAAAGGUGCUUUGGCGUGCCAUAAAAAACAGAAUCGUAGAGCUCUUCUCAAUGGUCAACUUAUUCGUUGUAAAUUAUUAUCAGCAUUGAUCUUACAGCUUUAAAGAAAGACUAGAAGCAUCUUUCCAACUGGUAGUACCAGCAUAGUGUCACAGUUCACCUCUAUAAUGCCAUCAGAAUUUUCAAGCUGCCAAAUAAUUAUCAUGGGCCUAACAACAGGUAGAAAUACUGUUUCCUGGUAUUUUAGCAUGAAUGUGAUGAAUCCAUUGAGCAGCCUUACUUUUUAAUGUUAUGUUACUUGUGGGAGCACAUAGGGAUAUUUUGUAUAUCUUUUUUUUAAAGUAGAGGGGAAAAGACUCAUUUCGCUAGGACAUCUAUUUUAGUCUAUUCCUGAUCACUUUUCUCUAUUGUGAAUACAAAUGAGUUAGAAUAAGUGCCACAUCUUUGGAUACAUUUUGGAGAAAGGAGCAGGCAACGGUAUACAGAAAUACCAAAUAUAAAAUUUUGUAUCUGGGUCACAUUCAGGUCUUUAAUGCUAAAUUGGAAACCCUGGUUUAAUAAAUACUAAAUUAGAUUACAAAUUUUUUUUUAUUAUACUGCCAAUGGUUUUUUUUAGGAUUUUCUACAAGUAUUAAAGACAUUAAAAGAUGAUUUCUUUUUUUUUGAACCAAGGAGUAAUUUGAAGUAGCACCCGUAUAUCUGACCUCGUAAGUAUUUGCUUUGUUUCAGAGAAUGAUCCUUGUCUCAGUGCUUUUGUUGUCCUUGUGAGAUAAAUUCUGGUUUGUGAGCAUUUGAUUUUCAUCUUGAUGCACAGGGAAUUUGUGACACUUUGGUAGUAAUAGGAAUUACUGAUUCUAUUCCCUCAGUUAUCAAUGAAGUAAUCAUCACUCCCUGAAAUUCAGAUUAGUCAUAAAUCAGCUAAAACAAGAAUGAUACAGUCCAUAAUUUAUGUUGUGAAAUAUAACAGUGUUUAAGAAGGACAGAUAAGUACUUGCCCCCACAGCAUAAAUAAAAUUUGCACCUGCACUAAAAAAAUUUUCUUUGUGAAUAAGAGCAAAGCAAUCCUUAGAGAAAAGAAACUCUUCAUUUAAAGCCUUUUCUGUGAACAUCUUUCCAAGUUAGAACUGUAAGAAGGGACUCAGUAAAUAAUAUGGAAAAAGUCAAAAACUCUUGAUUUCAGGCGUACAAAGAUGGGCAGUUCCGGGUGUGCAUCGCCUUUGAAAAAUUGGGCCUUACUUUAUACGUGAAUAACACAGGUGUGUUCACAGCCCUCUUCUACCUAAAGUUAUCUUUAUUAGUCUAUAUUUUAUUAAAAUUUAGUUCGUAAGUAUUACUUUUCUAUUAUGUCCCUUUUUUUAAGUUGCAUGUUUAUACUAUUUGCUACAGUAUUUUUAAAGUUUUGGGUGAAGGCCAUCAGCUGUAUAGAGAAGACAAAACAAUCACUAUUUAUUCAGUAUUGCUGCUUUACAUUUCCAGAAUAAGCUUUCGAUGCCAGCACAGUGACUGCUUGAAAGCGGCAGGAGCUCUGUUCCAAUGCAUUUUAUAUAUUUUUAGAAACCAAAUAAAUGCAGAUAACUAUUUAGUAUACUAAUUAUAUUAAACCAGCAGAAAUAUAAAGGCAAUAAAGUAUAUACAUAUAUAUAUAUAUAUGCGGGGGGAGGGGAAAGAUUAAAAAAUAGGUUUACAGCCAGACAUGGUGUUAGCCCCGAGUGCAUUUCUCAGUUUGUCUUUCCUUAUUGACCUUAGGAGGAUUUGAGUUGCUGCAGCUUUAAACAGAAAAUUGCCACGUUCACUAAUUGUGGGCAUACAAAUAUGCUUUUAGUACUGCUUUGCUUAUGUACAAAUAAAAAAUCUGUAAUCUGUAUUAUAUGUAAUUAUUCUUUUGACUUUCAUUUCAAAAUGUGUAUUUUCUGAUUAUUGUCAUGAGCUGUAAAACAGGAUCAAUAUCUGAUAUUCUCCCAAAUAAUAAAUUUCAGGAUUCAUUGGGGCA